AUGCCAAAAUAGCAAUUGUAACCCAAAAGACCUUAUUAUAAGAUGUCAUUUUAGAGUAAGGAGGCUUUGAAAACUCUAGUAUUCCAAAAAGGAUUUACUAUUAAAUAAGUAUUAGAUUAUGAUUAUUUUUAAAGGCUGCUUAAACUUUAUCAAUAAAUUAUACAAGUGCUAAAACAAUUAUUCUCCAAUUUAGGGAGUAAUAGAUAAGAAAAUGUAUUAAAUAUUUAUCAAUGAAACCUUGUCUUGUUAAAUAGGCUUCAAAAAUUAAAUAUAACCUUAAAAUUAUUUCCUAAACUGGUGGAGUAAUGGUAAAUGAAAAAAUAUAUUGUUUAAGAUGA